AUGCACCCUACAGGCUUAAGUGUUUCUGACUUUAUGACAGAUCCUGAAAACUCUUGCGAGGAAUUCAGUUUUAAUUUUGAGCACCUAAUUUCUCUGCUAAACUCAAUAGUUGAGAAAAAAAAAGGACUUGAAUCAAUUUGUGUGACAGACCAUGAUGGGGUUGUAGUACUAAAAGCCUCAAAUUCUUCAUCUGGUUCUAAAUCUGUCCUUAUAAAUCCCUCAAUACCGGUAGUUUUUGCCAGCUUAAUUUCCUCUUGUGAAAAAUUGGAAGAAUUUGGAAAAGCUUCAUUUGUGAUUAUUCGAACAAAUAAAGACUCCACUUUCCAAAUCAAUUUUCAUCCCUUAAUUAUACAUAUUGUCACAAACUUUCAUUAUGAAGGUAAGAUAUCAGCUAUACUAGACUAUAUUGAGGUUCCUAACUACACAAUUUGGUGGUGUUUAUUAAAUAUACAACUAAUAUAUAAUAGAGGACUUCAACAUUUGAGUACUAGUAGUCUAAUUCAACAUGAAUUAACGUAUUUUAUCCCUUUUAUUUGUUAA